GUUACUAAUGACAUUAGAGACGGAAUUAGGAAUUGAAUUACGUUAGCUAUGUGAACUUUAGGGACGGAAUUCUGUUACAAAUAUAUUAUUUUUUUGUAGUGAUAGGUCUUCGGAUUUAAAACCUAGGUUUCCCCAUCGACUGCUUGAAAUUCGAUUUGGUGAUUUUUGGAUAACAUUAUAAUUUAAAUUAUUUUGUUGGUAAUUACAUAAAUAUAAUGGGUAUAAUAGAAGUGGUAUGAGGUCUUCCUUGAGUUUUUUUAAGGGAUUAGUAGCAUUUGUAAAGUUUGAGUUUUUGAAGAGAAUUAGCGGCAUUUGUAUAAGAAAGAUUGUAUUAGCUUGUUCAUAGUGUAAAUCUUAUUUAUAUAUGUUUAAGGAGAGGUAGUUUUUUGUCUCCAUCUACUCCUAACACCACCCGAAGGAAUAAGGUAUGCCUCUAUGAGUGUGUAUUUCUCCAAAUGUGUCGUUACAGCAGCAACGACAACUCUGUUUCAGCAGAAUAAGGAAUAAGGUAUGCCCUUUGAAGACCUAAUUUGCUUGGGCAGAAGUUUUAGUAGCAGCGGUAACUCUAUUUUUAUUAUUGCUACAUUUUAUUUUGGAUUUGGUUAAUCUACUACGGAACUUUAUAAGACUCCUAUAAUUUAGAAGGAGGGAAAGAAUAUAUUUUAAUUUAAUUGAGCCUAUUUUUUAUUUUUACUCAGACCCCAAAAUAGCACGAGACGGUUCUGAAAUUUAUAUUUUUUAGUGGGAGAAAAUAAUGCAUUUACUUGUGAAGAAGUGUGCCGUGAUACUCUUGUGCUCCUGCAAGGCGAAUCUUGGGUCGAUAUUCUUUUGACUAACAUCGUCCAUGGUUCUUCCACAACAACCAUUUCCACUGUAAUGAUAUCAAUUGUCAAAAUGCUACUACUUGCAAUAUAAUUGGCUUUAAUUAUGUUUCUCUUUUUGGGUCUUACUCUUAACACCUUAUAUUAGAGUUUGAAAAUUGUCUGAAGACGACUCACGUGCAUCAAUUUAUAACAUACAAAAACUUGUUUAUAUUAUCCAUAUAAUGUAUGGAUGUGGUGGUUUGCUUCAUAGACAGCCAUUAGUCCAAAGUGAAUGUAUUAGUAGUGGGAAAAUAUAUAAAAUGUAUAAUGCCACUCUUCGACUCCACCAUUGUCAUCAUUGUCUGCAAACUGAAUUGAAUAACCCUUCAUCUCUAAUUGCUAUCUAUAUAUAUAUUGUGUUGUGGACUUUAGAGUGAGUAAUUUACAGAUUUACAAACAUGGGUCUGAUUACGUUGAUCCCUUUGGUUUUCCUUUGGUCAGUGACGUGGACGAUCAAUUCUUACCCGGAUGCUUCUUACUAUGGAAAAUCAGAUUCAGAUGGAAAACUUAGCUACAGUUUCUAUGACAAAUCUUGUCCUAACUUGAGGAUGAUAGUCCGUUGGGGCGUUUGGGCAGCGCUGAAAAAUGACACCAGAAUUGCGGCUUCUCUCCUCCGCCUUCACUUCCAUGACUGCUUCGUCGAUGGAUGUGAAGGUUCUAUCCUUCUUGAUGACACAAGAACCAUGAAAGGAGAAAAGAAUGCCCUCCCAAAUCGCAACUCGGUGCGAGGAUUCGAAGUCAUCGACACUAUUAAGGCAGAUUUAGAAAAAUACUGCCCCCUUACGGUAUCAUGUGUCGACGUGUUGGCUCUUGCAGCAAGAGAAGCUGUUGCAUUGUUGGGUGGUCCGUUUUGGCCGGUCCCUUUAGGGCGGCUUGAUGGUUUAAGUGCAAGUGAGAAAUCAGCAAACGAGCAAUUGCCUUCACCGUUCGAGCCUCUUUCAAACAUUACGGCCAAAUUUUUGGCCAAAGGUCUUGAUUUGAAGGACGUCGUGGUUCUCUCCGGGGGUCACACCAUAGGUUUUGCUCAAUGCUUCACGUUCAAGAACAGGCUCUUUAACUUCCGAGGGUCGGGCAAGCCGGACCCUUCCCUCGACUCAUCCACAUUAUCGAGCUUGCAGAGGUCAUGCCCGAAUGUGGAUAAAUCGAACAAUCAGCUGGCCCCUCUUGAUAACCAAAGCACCAACAAAUUCGACAACUCGUAUUACAAGAACCUGGUGAGCAACAUGGGAGUGCUAGAAUCCGACCAGGCUCUGGCUCUCCACCCGGACACUGCAGCAUUGGUUAAAGCCUACAGCGGAGAUGCGCUUCUGUUUACCAAUGAUUUUGCAUCGUCCAUGCUCAAGCUUGGGAAGGUUGGUGUCAUUACUGAAAACACAAGUGGACAGGUCAGGAAGAGAUGUGGGUCACUCAAUUAUUAAUUAGUUUCUGCAGCCUCUUCUCAGCUCCUUCUAAUUUCUAGCCCUUAUAUAUAUAUAUAUAUAUAUAUAUAUAUGUAAUAAUGGUCUUGUUAUUGUAAUAUAUGGUUAUUAAGAAAUGAUCACUUGGAGUAAACAAGGCCUAGCUACGAACUUCAAUGGACUUCCACCCUAUGUAAUUAAACUAAAAAAUAUAAAAGCAGAUUGACAAAAACUUUAAGGACC